AUGGAAUUAAUCCAGUUUCUAUGUUUACUUAUUAUCUUCUACAAUGUUUCAGUUUCUCAACAAUUGUCGAUAAGAGCGAAUAGCCCGGCAACAACAACUAGAUCAACAUCAACAACGAAACGAACAACAAAAUCAACUUCAACAACUAGAUCAACAACAACAACGAAACCAACAACAAGAUCAACAUCAACAACCAGACCAAUCACCACAACAUCAAACAAUGUCUCGAAUGCUUCAAAUCCAUUAGCACCUAGUCGUCUUGAAUCAAUCAAAAACUCGUACAGUGAAUUGAAUCUUCUAUCAAAAACAAAUCCAUCAGAUUUUAUUUUUGAUUUUGAUAAAGCAGUAACAGGUGUUUCAACAGGAACAGGUGGUCGAACUGUUUCGGCAACUGCAGCAAAUUUCCCUGGUUUAAUUAAUCAUGGCAUAGCAAUGACAAUUGGUUUUUUAGGCCCAUGUGGUAUUAAUCUUCCACAUACACAUCCAAGAGCAACAGAAAUCAACUUUUCAGUUGAUGGUGAUUUUCAAAUUGGAUUUUUUCAAGAAAAUGGUGCUAGUUUUAUUAUGAAUGAAAUACAUAAAAAUCAAGUAGCUGUUUUUCCUAAAGGUGCUAUUCAUUUUGAACAAAAUCUUAAUUGUGUUCCAGCAACAUUUGUUGCUGCAUUUAAUAGUGAAGAUCCAGGUGUAUUGACUAUUGGAAAUAGUUUUUUUGGUUCAUUACCAGCAACAGUUGUUGGUGCAUCACUUGGUGGAUUAAACAUAACAACAAUAGAAGAUAUUCGUGUACAUCUUGUACAAAAUCCAUCGAUUGGAAUUGCUGAAUGUAAAAAACGUUGUGGUCUAUAG